CGGAGCCACCGGCCGCUGCGAGCCGCGGGGCCCAUGAGCGGCGGGGGCGGCGCGGCGGAGCCGGAGCCGGGGGCGGGGUCGGGCUGGAGCCGGACACGAUGCCCCGCCGGAAGCAGCGACACCCGCAGCCCGUGAAAGCAGUAACUGGCUGGCGCUCCGUGUGUUGCAGUGGACACUGAAGACACUCUCGAGGAGACGCCAGGAGGGGGCCUGGUGCUGCAGAGUGACCUGCUGCUGGGCCAGGACCUGGAGUUUGAGGACAGCAGCGACAGGAUCAUGGGCUUUGAGAAAGACUCGGAAGUGGACUCCCUGGUGGGGAAGAUCACCAUCCCGGCCUACUCGCUGAGCGACGACGACUACUCCUCCAGCUACCGGCAGCUGAGUGUGGAGAGUGACCCCGAGGAGGGGCGGGAGCCUGGCCCCCCAGCCUCGCCUUGCCCUCAGUGCGGCCUGCAGCUGGCCGUGCGCUUGGGGCAGAGCUGCCCCCGGUGUGCGGGGGCCGAGGGCCAGCGUGUGGUCUACUCCUGCCAGCUCUGCCCCUUCGCCUCCCACUACUCCAGCCACCUCAAGCGCCACCUGAAGACCCACAACGGCGAGAAGCCUUUCCAGUGCCCGCACUGUGACUAUGCCUCGGCCCAGCUGGUGAACCUGACCCGGCACAAGCGCACGCACACGGGCGAGAGGCCCUACCGCUGCCAGGCCUGCAGCUUCGCGUGCAGCAGUCUGGGCAACCUGCGGCGCCACGAGCGCAUCCACAGCCAGGAUCAGCCCUUCCGGUGCGGCGCCUGCGAGUACCGCUGCGCCCAGAGCCGCAGCCUCACACGCCACAUGCUGCGCCAUCGCCAGGCCGAGGAGGCGCCCGGCCGCCAGGACAAGGCCCAAGAGCCGCUGCUGCCGGAGCCGAGCCUGCGCGCAAGCGGUGCGGGCAGCCCCCUCCCGCCGGGCUGCGCCCGCCUGCGGACCGACGAGGCGGACGCCCUGCCGGAGCUGCUCUUCCCCUUCACCUGCCGCACGUGCGGGCUGGUGCUGGCCGACGGCUUGGCGCAGGACGAGAGCCUGGCCGAGCAGGUCUGCAGCCACUGCAGCCUGGCCGUGCUGAGCGGCAGCCCCCCGGCGAGCGGCCAAAAGGGCUUCUCCUGCAGCCUGUGCCCCUUCGCCACCCGCUACCCCAACCACCUGGCCCGCCACAUGAAGACGCACAGCGGCGAGAAGCCCUUCCCCUGCCCCCUCUGCCCCUACGCCUCCGCCCACCUGGACAACCUCAAGCGGCACCAGCGGGUGCACACGGGCGAGCGGCCCUACAAGUGCCCGCUCUGCGCCUACGCCUGCGGCAACCUGGCCAACCUCAAGCGGCACGGCCGCACCCACUCGGGCGACAAGCCCUUCCGCUGCGGCCUCUGCAGCUACCGCUGCAACCAGAGCAUGAACCUCAAGCGGCACAUGCUGCGCCACACGGGCGAGAAGCCCUUCCGCUGCCGGCUCUGCGCCUACACCACCGGCCACUGGGACAACUACAAGCGCCACCAGAAGGUGCACGGCCCCCCGGCCACCGCGCCCCGGCCGGCCUCGCUGCCCCCCGCCGCCCCCCUGCCCUAGGCCCGGGCCGACGGGCUGCUCCGGGGGGCGGGUGGCCCCUGCCAGCCCAACCGCCUGGGGGCACGGCCUUGCAGGGCCUGUCCCUUCCUAGGGGACGUGGGGAGGAGCAAGUGCCUGGCCUUAGGGGGCUGUAGUGCUGGGUGGGGGUUGGCCGGCCAUGGGGGCAGGGCCCAGCAGUGCUGCAGAUUCCCCCCCCUCCACGCAGGCUGAGCCUGGCCCGGGUGGGAAACAGGAAUUCAGACCCAUUGCUGCGCGGUAACCUGGGCUGGGGCCAGGAAGCCCCUCACCCCAGCUGCACCUCUGCUUCCUGCGGUGCCAGGACGACAGCAGCCUCGUCUAGUCUGAGCUCCCAGUAGGCAGGAGAGGGCUGUCACGGGGGACUCGGGCCCAGCAGCGCCCCAUGAAGGCAGGGAGUGGUGUGUAGCUGCUACCUGGGGGAGGGAAUAGACCCCCCCAAUCACACACAGCUGUUCCUUGGAGCCCUUCGGCCUGGGCCAGCCCCGCCUUGGCAAUGGGGGCUCAGGGGCCAGGAGGCCGAGCACUCGGCCCCCGCGCAGCUGCUGCCACCACCCGCAAGGCAGCCUGUCCGUGACCACCAAGCGUGGCCCCCUCCCUCCAGCAUCCUCGGGUACAGCAGGGAGGGAGGGGCGUGGGGAGGCUGGCCGGGCCCACCGACCCAGGGUGCGUCUCAAGGCUGUGUAAUUUAUAUUGUGUAUAACAGCAUUAAAGUCAGUUUGGGUA